UUCAAUAUUGCAGUACCUAGGUACUUAUGUUUCAAUGUAGGUCUUAGAAGUCAUCUAGAUAAUUAACAUGUUCUAGCGAAUUGUUUAAAGUUCCCGGAAAGAUCAUCUGCAAUAACCUGAAAUACAUUUCAGUAAAUCAUCUUCGGGCAUGGGGGUCGUACGGCUAUUAGUUGUAUCUCUGCUAUUAGGAAGCCUAAUUGGAGGUCUUGCAAUAAGUAAACGUUAUUUGUUAUUUCCUCGACAAGCACCAACUCGUCAUCAGUUCAUUGCUGGAAUUGGUAUUCCAGUUGAUCUUGAAUAUGAAUCCUUGGUAGUGGGGUAUGUCCUGAAAGCUAUGUUUUACUUACCAUGGAAUGCGACAACCUUCAGGGAGAAUCCUUUUAUUCCAGAAUAUCAAAAUUACAUAAAUACAGCAAAGAAGCUACAGCAUAAAAUAUCAAGAUGGAGCGUUUACGCAACUAUUGAAAGUGUUAUAGAGAAUUACGGUUAUGAUGGUCGAGAGUGCCUGCUACAAGCAAUUUGUGAAACCAGUACGACUAAAUUCUCAAAACGAAUAUCUGUCUUGGGGGAACUUAUGCACAUAUUACUCACACCUACCUCCUCAUUUGACGAAUCGGAAAAGGAUAUUCAAUUUUAUUUUGCUGCCCAAAAGUCUGGAAAAGCCGGUAAAUGCGAAGACUUCCAUUGUCCGUUUUCAGUUUUGAAACAACUUUCGGUUAUUUUUUGACAAAAUUUUUCUUAAUGUUUAAAAAAAUGUUUAAUGUAUCUACCCAACACCACUGUCACUCAUUAAAAAAAUUAACUUGAUUAA